AUGAGUGGCAUACAGCACGAUGAGAUUGAUCCCCUGGCGGGCCUUUUCCUUCCGUCGGACACGAACGAGGGUUGCAGCUUGGACAUCCCCCAGCGAGCGAUUCAUUUGCGAGAAGCUGGCCCUUAUUUACCAAAUGAGACCGAUAGUCUAGGCCACUUCAGCUCCAAGGAGAUACCUUCUGCCAAAAAUGCCGUUCUGAUACCGGGGGAAGGAUGCCCUUCCACAGCUGAGCCGAAUUUUUACCCACGGGAAAACCUCGGAAGUCAAAAAGAUUCAGCUGUCACCCAGAGUUUUGAAGAUGAACAGCCGAUCGUACGGGAUUCACUUCAGCGUCCAAUAUCUUCUUCCGAGUCUCCGCCAUCACUACCUGGAACGGAUCUUCAUGAGGUUUCUCUGGCUGAGGGUUUUCAUGAAAUCACCGGCACAAACACUGUCAAUCUAAAUCUUCCCAGUGGAAGUGGCAUUGAUAUGCGACAUGCUUUCAAGCCGUGUGAGGCGCAGUCAAAUGCGAAUGAUACCGCGAAUGAUACCAUGCAACUAGAUGUCCCGGUUGACGAUACUUUGGGAGAUUCGGAGUCUAUCGAGCCCAUGCAAAACUCGGCUGUGGAUGUCACGACACCGGCAGAGCUAGAUACUGGGAUAGAGAGCAGAUUGUCCGAAGAACAGAACCUCGAGGAGAAUGGCCCGGUUGCCCCGGGCACUCCUUGUGAAGAAACUUCUGACAUGAAUGAUGCUGUUAAUCCAUCAGACCAACCGCCUGAAGGGCAUCAGUUUAUCGGCUCGCGUUCAAUUGCAUGUCAAUCGCCCUCGUCCUGCAGAGAGACAAACAGUGUUCAUAUCCCUAGGCUAGAUCAAGACAGGUGUCCUGAACCUCCUGCCCAUGUGAACUUGGAAGCCACCGUGCUUCACAACGAGGAGGUCACCCCGUGUGAAGACGCAGAAAUUGCUGCAUCACCUUGCUAUUCUAUUAACAAAGGGCUGGACUCUGACACAAAUCAGCCUAUCGCUUCGCCUCCAAAACAUGCGCAAUCGAUCAAUGGCCAAAUGUCAGCACCACCCACUUCGCACUCUCCCUCCCCCAUCCAACCGCGGACGAAACAAGUCGAAUUUUCGCAUGCGGAAAUACGAAGCUUACGGGAGCCCGACCCAAGCAGCGGACCCGAAGAGCCCGUCACUCAAUGUGCUGGUUCUGAUUUUGAGAACACCAAUACCAACUCACCCUCCAACGCUCAUUGUCCAUGGCGCUUGAGCGAGACAACGCUAUCUAUUGAUAUUCACGAAGCUGAACAUAUUCCAAUCUUCAUUGGCUACUCCACCUUUCGGGUGGUCGAUGGCCAACUGUUCCAGACUAUGACGCUGUCCCAGGGGAAUGUUGAGUUGGCUCCCGCGAAGAGACCAGUACAUAACCCGGUGGAACGGGACUGUUCCGCUGAGAAUAGAAAGAAAACUGGUCGACCCCCUUCCAACCGGGGUUCGCUUUCACCUGACGAAGAACGAAAGCUUGUUAAGCUACGGGAUGAGGGAUAUACGUGGAAUGAGAUCGCCAUCCAGUUUCCACAUAAGAAAAAAGGUACUCUGCAGAGCAUCUACUACAGCCGACUAAAGAACUCCAGAGACCAAGCUUCUCCAGUCCAUGGACAUUCAAAGCGCCGUCGGCCGGCCUACAAUAGCCUCAAUGACAGGGUGAAUGGUGCAUCACAAAGCACUAGCGAUUCUUCUGUUUAUAGGACACGAUUGGAGCCAAUGAGCCACCCGCGGUACUCUUUCCGGGCCCGACGUUGUCCGCGAUCUUAG